AUGCUGUUUGCACGGUCUCUAGCCGCUCCGCCAUCGACAUCUCAGGUCAGCACCCCCUCUUCGUCUGGAGGUAAUGACCUCGCCGGCUGUUCGGGUCUCCCUUCAUGGGCCAUUCAGCUGAUCCAGCACCUACAUCGGCUUCUCACGUCCUUGCCCGACCAGCGCCUCCCCCUGAACGUACGAGAACUGCUGUUCCCUCGCGACCAGCUUCUCUCGCGCCAACUCAUUCUCAACCUCUACAACGGCGCAGAGGGCCUCGCACCGCAUGUGGACCUCGUCAACCGUUUUGCCGACGGCAUCGUGCUGUGCUCUUUCGGUCCACACGGUACGGGUACGGUUAUGGAUUUCACGCAUCAAGCGCACCCUGCAAAGCAUGUGUUUUUGCCAUCUGGGUCGGUGCUUGUUUUGGCCGGGGAGGCACGGUACGACUGGAAGCAUGGGAUCUCUGCCAGAGAUAUCGAUCUGGUUGAAGCUGCAGAUGGGUCGGGUCGGAUUGAAGCGAUAAAGCGGUCGAUCCGGUUGAGUGUAACGAUUCGAUCGAUGCUACCAGGCGCGGAUGUUGUUGGCGAGUGA